AUGGCUGCUAUCGGACAUUUAGAAGAGGCUGUGACAUUGGCCGAGAAUUUUCAUGACAUGACGGCACUUGUGGAGCUUAUGGUCGAGGUUCAUGAUAAGAUCGACCAGAAACAUCCCCAGAAAGCAGUGGAUCGAGCAAUACCCGGUCCGCGCGAAGAAGCUGUGAAGCAAUGGCGGUCUAGGAUUGACAGCUAUUUCACCAGGUACGGCGAACCCUGGGCAGAUGCAUUUUUUACCCGACAGAUAACGGCAGGACAGCCGGCAAUGCUGCUGAUUAUGCGGGAGUACAAGGACGACGUGACCCGAUUCCUACGCAAGACGCCUGGUUACGGAAAGCUGUCGUGGAUGAACGAAGUGCUGGGUGAGCGCAACUACGACAACGCAGCGAAGAUUCUGACGGAGCUCGCGACCCAGCAUGAAACCAAUCUAUGGAGCAAGCGGGUGGAGCUUGCACUGGCAAAAUUGUCCACGCUGGCAGCACGAGAGACCCAGACUGGGAUGCAGGUGAACCUGAGCUGCUUCGAGGAUGAGACAGAGCUGGCAACGAUCCAAGAGUCUGUGUAUGACAACCUGCCGCACUUGAACGAAGCCAUCGACGAAAGCGCGCGAUUGCAGAUAGCGAAUGACCAAUUUGCUAAUGUUUCCGUGCAGUCGAAACCUGCUCUGCGCGAGACCCUUCAGCGUGCUCUGGCAAAGCUGGUAACUCGUUGUCCGGUACAAGGAGACGAGCUGGCGGACCUUUUGACGCUGAUGGACCCGAUCCCGGCGGCUGGCCUGCCGGAGGAGAACGAGGUAGCCGGACAUGAGUUCAGCCUUGCCCUGCGGGCGCUGAACCUGAGCGGCUCGAUUAAGGAAGACGGCGCUUACCGCGAGAACCUGGAGAAGAUUGUCUGGCGCCGCUGCAUGAUCCGGGACGAUUGGGAGCGCAUCAGCGCCACGGCAGGCAAGACAGAUGAUGAGGUUGAGGCCGAUAUCCGCUCUACUGCGCUCUUCAAGACGAUAGUGGACUACACAAACGGUGAGUGUCUCCUUAUAUUUUUGCAAAACAAAUGCAUCCGCCAGCUAACAUAUGAUUCUUCGUCACAGGGCUUGGCUUCGACGGUGAGUCGAACCACCUUCACCGACCCACCGACAUUCUUGACAGAGUGGAUGUUCCACAUAAGCUGGUCGCCCGGCUGCUCCCCGAGCAACGCGGCCACCUAUCGACAGAGCUUGACGACGAGAACAGUCUGCUGA